GCAUCCCCCCUCCCCUCCUCGGAUGCCCGCACCGCUCCCGCAGCAGCCCCGUCUCCGUCUCACGCUGCUCCUCGCCGCCGCAGCCGGCCAUGGCAAGCUCGUGGGUUAUGACUGGGGUGGGACUCAUUAAGAAAAUAAGAAACGCCACUCAGUUGAUCAGCCUCCGACUUGGUGAAUUGGUUGCCGAACCAUAUAUCAAGUGCCCCAACUGCAAAUGUGGCAUUGACACUAGUGAUGUUUCUUUAGUGUGGCCGGCACUUCCUGCUGGUGUCAAAUUUGAUCCGUCAGAUUUAGAACUCCUUCAGCAUUUACAAGGAAAAUCCAACCUGCCAAAUUCGACUUCCCAUGCACUUAUUGAUGAAUUUAUACCUACUAUAGAAGAGAUGGAGGGAAUUUGCUAUACACAUCCCAAAAAUCUCCCUGAUAUAAAGAUGGAUGGUAGCAGCCUUCAUUUCUUCCAUAGAGUAUCAAAUGCAUAUGGCUGUGGCCAUCGCAAGCGUCGCAAGAUUAGUGGAGAUGAUGACAGUGUUUUUGAUGAGCGCAUUAGAUGGCACAAGACUGGAGCAUCCAGAGCCAUAUAUGAUGAGGAUGGUGUCAAGAAAGGCUGGAAGAAGAUCCUGGUUCUUUAUAGAGGUUCUAGGAGAGGUGGCAGCAAGAUAGAUAGAGACAAUUGGGUGAUGCAUCAGUAUCAUCUUGGUGCAGAUGAAGAUGAACCGGAUGGCGAAUUGGUCAUCUCUAAAGUAUUCUACCAAUUGCCAUCAAAGAAAAAUGACAAGUCUGAAAUGGGUGAUGUUGAACUAGAAUCUGAGCCAUCUGCUGCAAAAAUCGAUCCUAGAACCCCAAUGAUCCAUCCUCCCCAGUCCUGUCUCCCGAACAACAGCCCAUGCGACACCGAUCAGUAUACCCCCAAUCAGGUGGAUCAGCAAGAAGAAUGCAGCACAUCUGUCUGUCCGGUGAAGGUUGAAGCAGCCGAAUGCUCUGCAUGGUCUGCUGAAUUAUCACCAGCUGUUGUGGUUGCGAAUCUUCCUGCCUGGGAUGAACCAGGGCAGCCCAGGGAUACCACGGAUCCAGACCCUGAACCUGAAGCACCUAUACCCGUCGACGGUUCUAACACCGACCCGUUUCAUGGGUUGCCUGAGCUUGACACUACUUUUCCAUGCCUUGGGACACCUUCAGAUUGUAUCAGUUUAGCUGACAUUCAGUUGGGCUCACAGGAUAGCUUCCGGGGCUGGCUGGACAGCUUCUACUGACACGAAGACUUGAGCUGGAAGCAGUGGCGCUGCUGAAAAGAGCCAGUUUUGUAUAUGACUUUCCAGUGUCUGAAUCCUCACCCCAUGAGAUGCUUCUUCGUUGUGCAACUUUGCUGUGUGCAAGCCUACAAAUUCAGCAUCUCGUGGGAAAUUUUGUACAGUAGUAGUGGUGGAACCGAGAGAGGUUCGUAAGCUCAACUGUAUUUCAUAGCCGUGUUGUGCUGCAGUGAUGCUCGUCUCAAGUGUAGCGAUGCUGGUGUGUAGUCCAGAGAGUUGUGUAGUAAUAGCAGGGCCAGAGAUCGAUGCUUUGGCGUUUGAAUACGAGUAUGUCUUUGUGAA